GAAGAAGGUGGUGAUUACUGGCCGCCGGUUAUCAGUUUGCCGAGAUAACAGUAUAGUCGAGACUCGCGAAAUGAGUAAACGCGAUGACAUACCACCAACGUUAAUCAGUGCGUAACUUUAACUCGGUCUGAACGGCAGCAGGUUAAGCGCCCACAUCUCGGGGGAUCUUUACCACAACAGCAGCUACAAACAAAAUCAUCCACAUCCAGAGAUAGAAAAGAGAUUUGUGUGCACCUCUUUUGUCGACACGGAUGCAUCAUGGAUAUGGAAAGUGUCACAUAUGCGUACAUCUCCGAACCGGUUGAGUUUAGGCAGCUGGAGGGCAAAGCCAUCGAUUUUCGCAAGACGUUCGAUGUGCGCGGUCGCGGCACCGAUGAAAUGCUCCAAUUAUAUUUGCGCAAGGCCAAUCUAUCCGAUGAUCUCGACGCGAUACCGGCGAUGCAGCGACGUGCCUAUGUUUACGACAUUAUUAGAAGUCAUAAGAGUCCCGGUUAUUGGGUGCCACCGUUUAUGCAGGUGAGCAGUGACGUGUUUGCACAGCCACCGCCCGCAGUUCUACCGCCGCCAUCAGCUCGCUCCACACCGGGUUCCGAACGUCGUCUCUUUGGCGCAGACGCUGCCAGCUUAAAAAUGAGCUAUUCCUCCUCAUCAAACAGUUUGAACAGUAUUGGCGGUGCCUCGAGCGGUGCUCUGCCAGGUCCCAGCUUUAGCACCAGCGUUCUCACCAGCAAAAAGGGCUCCAAGUAUGAGAUUAGCGGACCAGUCAACUUUCAACAUGUCUCUGGCGAUGUCACCAGGGAUCGCACUCGCAAUGCAUUUGAUUUGAAUGAGUCAAACAAUGACAAUGUGCUGAAGAAGUACAUGAUGGAGCAUAGGAUCACGGAGGAGGAUGUGGCGGGCAUGCGACGUCAGGAUCUCAUCAAGAAGAUUGUGCACUCCAAUUUUACCUGGCUGCCCAAAAAGGAUCAGCUAGCCAAGACGAAAGCUGCACCAGCUACGCUGCAGUAUGCCACCAUUUCCACCAACAAUCAGAUAACUCCGCCACCUUCUCCUCCGCCGACACAUCGAAAUCCUCCUUCGGCUCAAUUCUCCAACUAUGCCACGCUAACUUCGCGCUUCGUGGACAUCUCCGAUAUGGAUGCGCCUUCCAUGGGGCCACCACCGCCGUCGAGUCACAGACAGCCAGAAGUUGUGGGCACUGUGGUGCCCGUGCAAUUGCAGAACAACAGAUCCAAAGUGCCACCUCCUCCCUCGGCUGUCACGGCGGCCAACACACGACCCAAACAGCCGCAAGUGCCACAGCAGCUGACGGUUGAAGUACGUCCUUCGCAGCCAAAAACAUCGACUGACAUGUAUGCCACCAUUGGUCCGACGCAGCGCAAGGUGGGCACAAUGCGUGUGCCGCCUCCAGCGCCUCCCAAGCCUUCAGUAGCGCCCAGUGCAACGACAGCCCAAGUGCAAUAUGCGCCUAGCAAACAGGCGCCUCCUCCGCCUGCGGUCAAGGCCGCACCACAGCCACAGUAUGUUCCUCCAACUCCAUAUGGAGCGCGAAGUGAGACACAGAAUGCUGCUCCAACGGCAGCCCGCAGUGCGGCUCCUCCCUUUGCCGCUGAGCUCGUGCAGUCUCGUUUUGGUGGUCCACAGACGCGUCCACAGGCUGCUACUCAAUUGCCAGUGCAGAAGCCAAAAACGACAACUGCGAUUCCGCCGCCGCCGCCACCACAACCGAGCAGCGGAGCAGCAGCACCACCACCGCCUCCUCCAAUGCCAGCAGCUGCUCCAAUACCGCCACCACCACCGCCAGUAGCAGCUGGAGGAGUACCGAUGCCUCCUCCUCCGCCACCAGCUGGAGGAGCACCGAUGCCACCGCCGCCGCCAUCAGCGGCGAUGGGUCUUAAAAAGUCUGAGCCUGUCAAGACAGCGGCAACAGCUGCUGCAGGUGGUGGAGGCGACGAUCGCGAUGCAUUCUUGCUAAGCAUACGCAAGGGCGUCACACUAAAGAAAGUCGACCGGAAAUCAGCCACAAUUAGCGGCAUUAAGCCACGUGCUGAAAAGAAGCCAGCCACUAUGGAUUUCCUGAGUGAACUUAAAUUAGGCAUCACGUCGCGACGAGUCAAAAAUCCAGCCGAUAAUCCUUACUCCGAAGCCAAUACCGGCAAUGAAUCACAGGCGUAAAUUUAAAUUCGACAUGCUGCGCCUAAGCCUCAACCUUUUUCACUAAAAUUGGCAACGCUGUGUACUGUGA